GGCUCAUCACUAAUGCAACACAAAACCCUUUGCUAGGAUAUACGUAUUCUUUGGAUUCCGUCAGGCAUGAAGUCGUCAACAGGGCUUGGGAUCGGAGUGGCGUUGCUCUACGGCUGUACCGCAGCAGUGGCGUUCACACCCACUCACUCUGCCACGAUACCACCGCCAACGCAUUCCUCUCCAGCCUUGCAAGGGAUAUUGCCGAACUAUCGGGCAUGCCAGAUUCCCCAAGGCUGUCCAAGUCUGGAUAGGCUGCGUUCACCUACACAGACUUCGACGGCAUUGCAGGCAGUGCCUGGCGGCAGGAAACAUGCAACCACGUUGGCCGGUCGCCUUUGGCCCGCUAUUCGAAAGUUCUAUAUUACUCCAGCAAAAUUCAAAGCCAUCGUUGCUGCCGUUGUGCACAUCACCGAUUGGCAAGACAUUAUCUUGAUAGGAAUCGUGGCCUAUGGUAUAAAUCCACUGGCUAGACUGACCUUCGAUAUGAUGUCCGACGAAAAGAAAGAAAAGCGAACGUACUUUGAUCGGAAGCGUUUUGGUGUCGCUUCGACCAUUGCACAAAUCGCUCGUGUUUCGCUGUCCGUCUACAUUUUCGACGUCAUAUGCGUGAUUUUGACAACACUGGAUUUUGACUUUCCCACGAAAUGGAUGCUGCCACAGGCCUAUUCCAAGAUUGCGUACUCUACUUGGUUCUUACAGCAUUUCAUUCUGUGGAAACGAAUGGCACUGUGCAAAUGGUUCAAGGUGGAUCCCGAAGACAUGGGCCGGAUCGAGCUCCUGGAUCGGGUUGUAUCAGGUUUGGCAGGAGCUACUUACAGCUUGUUUUUGUUUGAUUGGUUGUCGAUAAGAAUGGGGUUUGCCAUGAAAGGUAUCUUUGCUUUUGGCAGCGUCGGUACUUUGGCAUUUACAUUGGCGAGCCAGGGUCUGGUAACACAGCUCAUUUCAGGACUUUUCUUGACGGCGACGGACAAAAUGUACGUUGGCGAUGCCGUCCAAUUUGGUGACGGCACGUCGGGAAAGAUUAUACGCAUGGGAUGGAUGAACACUUUGAUUCGUAACGGAGACAACACAAUUACCAACGUCCCCAAUGCCAUGCUCGCCAACCAAAAAAUCACCAACCUUUCCCGUCUACGCCAGUGUCAAGUCAAACAAGUGCUCCGUUUCCAUUAUGAUGAUGCCGAUCUACUGCCGGAAGUUCUCGAAUCGAUCAAAACCGAAAUUAAACAAUCGUGCCCCAAGCUAAUUGAUGGAAAUCGUCCGUUCCGCGUAUUCUGGACUGGUUACAACGAGGAUCACCUGGAAGUUAUGGUCGAUACGCAUCACUCCAUUGCUCCUAUCGGUGACGCCUACUGGAUUAAUCGCCAAAAAGUCCUUAUGGCUAUCAAUCGCGCCGUUAAGAAGCACAACGUCGAAAUCGCGCAAAUGUACAGCUUUGCCACUUCGGGAAGUGAACCAAGCUGGCGCGUGAUUCCAAAGUCCACGAUGACGAUUAAUCCCAAAAAGGAAAGCGCUUCGAAAGAAUAGUCGUUCAUGACGUCUGUUCUGGCGCCAAGCAAGGUUUCCGAAAGAUUGCGCCAUUCUAAUAUUGAUCGUUUCCAUGGAUCGAUCCCAUUUUUGACCACGCCAAGUGUGAGACUCCUGGAAACCAGCAGUAGCUGCCCGUACAUGGGAUACUUUGCAUCUUGACUAUACUUCCAUUGAUAGUCUAACCAUUGUAUUGUCAUGCAAGAGUUAGUCAAGCUAGCUAAGAAAAUAAGAUUGCUUCUCUAG